AUGGAUCCAAAGUUAUCUUCAUCACUUCUAAUUCACCAUUACUUGGUAUGUAUUCUAAGUGGACCCCAUAACACUAGUCCAGAACCAGAUGAACGGUUUGCAAAUCAGGGACGAAUUAACCAGCCCACAAAAUUCUCUAUCCGUGUGACAGAUGAAAUCAAAGAUUCAAUCCAUGACAGAUGUGCGAUAUUUAUAAGGAACGACAACACCUUCGAAGUUCAAAAGGACAAAAUGAUCGAUGAGGUUAUCUUUAUGACUUUGGACCUAACCAAAGGCGUGCUGAAAUGUAUGGAAGAACACAUUUCAUCCAUAAUUCUACCACAACUGCAACAAAUACCGGAUCGUCCUCAGGCAGACAGAUCACUUCUGACCGGCUUCAACAAGGAUGACCUGGUGGAUAAUACCUCCAACUUCCUUGACCUUCUGUGCGAUGCGUCAAACAUUCUUGACACCCAGUCCAGUCUCAAGCCGGCAGGCACCAAACUGAUGGAACGGCUCAGUCAGCUCACAUAUUCGAAUGGAUACCACGCGGACCCACAGCUCGUAAUGGACGCCGAAACAUGCGUGUUGACAUGGAUCAGUCAGCUGGAACAAGUUUUGGCCAUUUCGGAUCAGAUACGCAAAGAACCUGGUAAUACGGGACCCCGAAUAGAGCUUGACUACUGGCGGCGACGAAUGGCAACUUUCAACUGCUUGUUAAUCCAAAUACAGCAACCUGCUUGCAAAUCCGUGAUUGCUCUUCUACAAGCAGGCAGAUCACAUAACGUUAAGGUCGGUUUGCCAUUGCGUUGGUCCGUACUUGAGGCCAAAGUAACGAAUUACGCUAAUGAAGCCAAAGAUAACUUGAAAUUUCUCUAUGCCUUGGAAGAAUACUGUGAGCCACUUUAUCGGUCCGACCCGGUUAGUAUGGUUGAGUGUCUGCCAAAACUGGUGAACAUCAUUCAGUUAAUCUACAAUAUUUCCACUUACUACAACACUGCGGAGAAGAUUGCAUCGCUGUUUAUCAAGGUUACGAAUCAAAUGAUUACAGCCUGCAGGCAGUACAUCACAAAUCGAGCGCGAGAUACAGUAUGGACACAAUCUCCAAAGGAUCUUUUGAAAAAAAUACAUGACAGCUGCUAUCUGAACGAGGCUUAUCAGGCUACAUUCCAUCAAGUCAAAUCUGCCAUGGAAGAGAGUGAUAGUUCCAGAAAAUUUGAUCUUUCGGAGAUGCAUGUUUUUGGAAAAUUCAACUUAUUUUGUCGCCGUCUGCGUGCAAUUGAAGAAGCUUUCCGGCAAAUCGAACUUUACUCCAGGUUGCAAGCUUCGCAGAUCGAGGGUUUGGAUCCACUUAUCGCAGAAUACAAUGCUGCUGUGAACGAGUUGAAGAAAACACCACAUGACAUGUUGGAUCCGCGACUGUCUCAAGCAGCUGAGGCUCUUGAUGCGUUCAGACAGCGACUCACAUGCAUCCAGAUGAAACUUAAGAAUAAUUUUGAGAAUAAUAUGGAGAAGAUUCCGAGUGUACUGCGUGCCCUCCAGGUAUUACAGCAAUACACAAACUUAAAACUGCCGGAGUUGGACGUAGAAUCUGCUUACUUCAGGGUGUUGCGACAGUAUAGUUCGGAACUCACCCUCGUAGCCAACGAAUACAAACGCCACAAAGAGGAUCCGCCCAUCUUGUGGGAUAUGCCACCUGUGUCAGGUAAGCUGAGGGCAUUCGAAAUGAGCAGAAUUGCUUGGGCCAGGCAGCUUUAUCGACGCAUAGAGGAACCAAUGAUGAUCUUCAAAGACCACAGCAAACUGAUGCGAACCAAAGAAGCUCGGGAAAUCACCAAAAGAUAUAAUCGAUUAGCUGAGACACUGGUCAAAUUCGAGGUUCUACACUUCCGCAAUUGGUUAACUCAGGUCCCCACAAUUAAAACCGGUCUACGCAACCCUUUGCUUACACAAGACGAAGUCAGCUAUGGACUAUCUAUUGCACUAGAUCAGGACUUGCUGACACUGUACAGAGAGAUAGACCUGUUAACCAAGUACGGAAUGACCGUUCCUCAAGCUGUUUCCGAUAUCAAUCGCCAGGGUGUUCAAAUUAAACAUCAUUACAGCCGACUAAAAGUAAGUCAAACUCGUGGGCGGUAUUUUCUAGGACCCAUAAGUGGUUACUUUGGAUUGUUAUUGCUACGUGAAAUCUCUCAGCUGGACAGCAUGUUGGAUCCGCAAUGGGUCCAGUUAAUGCGUCUACAAUUCGCCACGCUACAGACUUUGCUCAAACCUGGACUCACACUGUUAAACUGGACAAGUUUGGGUAUAGACCAGUACAUUGAUGAUGUGUCCCAAUACGUUGACCAAAUGAAGUUACUCGCUACUCGUGCUAGAAAUUUGUGUCAGAAUCGAAUUGAAACGGUAAUUGUUCUGGAAGAAAUGAUGAAAACAAAUCUGUGUGAACUUCCGAAAGUAGACUAUUGGUCGAUAGACCAGUUUGCUGAGCGAACCAAAAGCCUGUGCGCUGAAGCCGGGAGAACACUGCAGCUCAAGAGUCAGAUCAUCCAGGCUGCCGUUUACGAACUGAUCGACAUGUUGUCCGGGGACUACCAGCAGCGACUUACUCAGAUGUCUGAGGCGGAAAAACAAACAAAAUGUGAGCAGCCAGUCUCAGGUGAUGGCGGGAUACAAAGAGACAUUAGGACAGAUUGCUCAAAUUUACAAGCAAAAUGGAGAUUUUCCACAUUUCAGGGUGUGUAUGAGCAGCUUCGGCCUUUCGAACGCUACAGCUAUCUAUGGAGAAAGACUUGUGAAACGGAAAUAAAAGCUUUCGAGGGAACCGCGUGCAGCCUUCUUGACUAUGAGAUGAUUUUCGCAAAAUACGACGCAGAGGUAAGGUGGAAAUUUGCUCUUCAUCAUUUAAACCAUCUUAUAACAUUACAUUUUGAGGAUGGGACCAGUAGGAAAGUGGCUUUGAUGAAAAAAGUUGAAGAUGAACCGGAGAUUGUGGAAUGCAGUCCUUUGGCCAUCGGCACAGAACAUCUAAAAACCGGACUGAUAGCUGAACUGGAGCAAUGGAAACUACAGUAUGGUCGUUCAUGCAAUCAGCUUUAUGGCCAACAAAUGUUUGAUUUGUUUGCGCUUUUUGAAAAAUAUGAGAAGCUUUUUACGAGACCAGUCAAGGAUUUGGAUGAUAUUCGCAUCAUGAUGACUGCCAUUAAGGAACUUCGUGAUGUGGAGGUUGAUAUUGACAGGAAACUGGGACCCAUCGAAGAUUCUUACACAUUGCUAUCUAAAUACCGGAUCCCGGUCGACAAGGGCGAAUUCGAGAAGGCCGACACUCUUCGAUAUUCGUGGGAGAAACUCAAUCACUUGAUGUCCACAGCACACGAAGAGUUAAUCGAAAUUCAACCAAAAUACCGUUCAGAACUUUUGGAAAGCAUCGCGCAGUUGAAAGAAGACUGUGUUGCUUUCUUUGAGGAUUAUGACACAGUUGGACCAAUGGUUCCGAACAUUUCUCCGGGUGAAGCUUCAGAUCGAUUAGUCAUUUUCCAAAAUCGCUUUGACAGUCUGUAUCGACAGUACAUUACCUGUAGUGCUGGAGAGGAACUGUUUGGACUUCCGGCGACAGAAUAUCCCCGCAUCUUACAGAUGCGCAAAGAACUUAGCCUCCUACAAAAGCUAUACUCGCUCUACAACAGUGUACUCAAUAAAACCGCAGGAUACCGUGAUAUACUCUGGGCGGAUGUGAAGAUUGACUUGAUUGCUGCCGAGCUGGCUGACCUGGAGAAUCGUUGUCUUAAGCUGCCUUCUGCUUUGAGGGCUUACCAAGCAUAUGAAGACCUGCGUAAAAUGUUGGCCGACUUUAAUCAGAUUAUGCCGCUACUUGAAUUGAUGACUAAUCCAGCCAUGAGACCACGACACUGGGCCCGAUUGAAAGAGCUUACAGGCCAUGAGUUUAAUGUCGAAGCUGAAGGAUUCGCUUUGCGCAAUAUUUUGAUGGCUCCCCUCCUCAAAUAUAAGGAAGACGUGGAAGAUGUGUGCAUAUCUGCCAUCAAAGAACGCGAAAUUGAGAAUAAGUUGCGUGCACUAAAAUUGGAUUGGAACACGCAGGAGUUUCAAUUUGUUCAUUUCAAAAACCGCGAUCGAUUAGUCAUUUUCCAAAAUCGCUUUGACAGUCUGUAUCGACAGUACAUUACCUGUAGUGCUGGAGAGGAACUGUUUGGACUUCCGGCGACAGAAUAUCCCCGCAUCUUACAGAUGCGCAAAGAACUUAGCCUCCUACAAAAGCUAUACUCGCUCUACAACAGUGUACUCAAUAAAACCGCAGGAUACCGUGAUAUACUCUGGGCGGAUGUGAAGAUUGACUUGAUUGCUGCCGAGCUGGCUGACCUGGAGAAUCGUUGUCUUAAGCUGCCUUCUGCUUUGAGGGCUUACCAAGCAUAUGAAGACCUGCGUAAAAUGUUGGCCGACUUUAAUCAGAUUAUGCCGCUACUUGAAUUGAUGACUAAUCCAGCCAUGAGACCACGACACUGGGCCCGAUUGAAAGAGCUUACAGGCCAUGAGUUUAAUGUCGAAGCUGAAGGAUUCGCUUUGCGCAAUAUUUUGAUGGCUCCCCUCCUCAAAUAUAAGGAAGACGUGGAAGAUGUGUGCAUAUCUGCCAUCAAAGAACGCGAAAUUGAGAAUAAGUUGCGUGCACUAAAAUUGGAUUGGAACACGCAGGAGUUUCAAUUUGUUCAUUUCAAAAACCGCGGUGAGCUCUUGCUUCGUGGCGAUCACACAAAUGAACUGGUUUCACUCAUGGAGGACUCACUAAUGCUAUUGGCCUCAUUACUGAGUAACCGGUACAACGCUCCGUUUCGUAAGGAAAUUCAGACUAUGGUUUCAGGGCUUUCCAGUACGAGUGAAAUCAUUGAGCAAUGGUUAGCACUGCAAAACUUAUGGAUUUAUUUGGAGGCCGUCUUUAUCGGUGGAGAUAUUGCGCGGCAAUUACCAAGGGAAGCAAAACGGUUCAGUGCUGUAGAUAAGUCAUGGCAGAGAAUUAUGCAAAGAGCUCAUGAAACACCGAAUGUGUUAGACUGCUGCACUCGUGAUGACCUCCUCAGUCAGUUGAUCCCUCACUGUAUGGAGCAGCUGGAGAUUUGUCAGAAAAGCUUGACAGGGUACCUCGAAAAGAAACGGUUGCUGUUCCCCCGAUUUUUCUUUGUGUCUGAUCCAACCCUUCUGGAAAUAUUGGGCCAGGCAUCCAACCCACGAACAAUACAAGCCCAUUUACUAUCCGUGUUCGAUAACAUCAAGACCGUGAGAUUCCACGAUAAGCAGCCUGACACCAUUCUGACGUGUUACUCACAAGAAGGUGAAGUACUGGAGCUCGAACAACCAGUGAAGGCAGAAGGUCAUGUUGAAGUGUGGCUAAAUGUCCUGCUGAAGCAAGCACAACACUCUCUGCACGAAGUUAUACACAACGCCUACAUGGCAGUUUCGAGUAAGGAUUUCAAUCUUCUGGAGUUCCUGGACGCCUAUCCUGCUCAGGUGAGUAUAAUGNUUGAAGUGUGGCUAAAUGUCCUUCUGAAGCAAGCACAACACUCUCUGCACGAAGUUAUACACAACGCCUACAUGGCAGUUUCGAGUAAGGAUUUCAAUCUUCUGGAGUUCCUGGACGCCUAUCCUGCUCAGAUCAAAGACCGAAUUCGUUCAGACACGGAUUUCGAAUGGUUGAAACAAACUCGGUUCUACUUUUUCGAAGAAACAGACAAAUGCUUGAUUUCGAUAACUGAUGUGGACUUUGAAUAUCAAAAUGAAUUCUUGGGAUGCACAGAGCGCCUGGCUAUUACUCCACUCACAGACAGGUGCUACAUCACUUUGGCUCAAGCUUUGGGCAUGUCAAUGGGCGGAUCUCCGGCUGGACCAGCAGGGACAGGAAAGACAGAGACCGUCAAAGACAUGGGUCGGUGUUUGGGAAAGUAUGUGAUUGUUUCCAACUGUUCUGAUCAAAUGGAUUUUCGUGGACUGGGACGUAUUUUCAAAGGCCUUGCUCAAUCUGGAGCAUGGGGUUGUUUUGAUGAAUUCAAUCGCAUCGAACUACCUGUGCUUUCUGUGGCUGCCCAACAAAUUGCAAUCGUUCUGACUUGCAAGAAAGAACGAAAAUCCCAAUUUGUUUUCACUGAUGGAGACACAGUUGAAAUGAAUCCUGAAUUUGGGAUUUUCUUGACAAUGAACCCUGGUUAUGCCGGAAGACAAGAACUGCCGGAGAACUUAAAAAUCAACUUUCGUACUGUAGCUAUGAUGGUGCCUGAUAGACAAAUCAUCAUUCGAGUAAAACUGGCCUCUUCCGGUUUCAACGAUAACAUCAUUUUGGCCCAGAAAUUUUACACCUUGUACAAGUUGUGCGAAGAACAGCUUAGCAAACAGGUACACUACGAUUUUGGACUGCGCAAUAUACUGUCCGUUUUGAGAACAUUGGGUGCAGUCAAACGGGCCAACUUGAACGACACCGAAUUCAUCACGGUAAUGCGCGUCCUCAGAGAUAUGAACUUGAGUAAACUGGUUGGUGCUGACGAGCCAUUAUUUAUGUCAUUGUUGAACGACCUGUUUCCAGGAGUGACUUUGGACAAAGGCGGGUAUCCGGAACUAGAAGCUGCUAUUCGACGUCAUCUUGAAGAAACUAGUCUAAUCAGCCACCCACCUUGGCUACUGAAAGUCGUUCAACUGUAUGAGACGCAGCGUGUUCGUCAUGGAAUGAUGGUACUCGGACCAUCCGGGACUGGAAAGACGUGUUGCAUUCAUGCUCUAAUGAAAGCGAUGUCGGAGUGUUUCGAACCCCGUCGUGAGAUGCGUAUGAACCCGAAAGCUAUAACAUCGGCUCAGAUGUUUGGGAAACUGGAUGUGGCUACAAACGAUUGGACGGAUGGGAUAUUUUCUGCACUCUGGCGCCGUACACUCAAAUCAAAGAAGGGCGAACAUGUGUGGUUAGUGCUAGACGGACCAGUGGAUGCUCUGUGGAUAGAGAAUCUAAACUCCGUCUUAGAUGACAGCAAGCUGCUAACACUGGCCAACGGUGAUCGAAUCCCGAUGGCAACUAAUUGCAAAAUUAUGUUUGAAGUAGAUAACAUCGACAAUGCAACACCAGCAACGGUGUCAAGAAAC